AUGGAGCAUGAGAACAUGGUCAAAGAAGCCCUAAACGCACUGUAUCAUCAUCCAGAUGAUACAGUGCGUGUUCAAGCUGAUCGUUGGCUUCAGAACUUCCAAGGAACUCUCGAUGCUUGGCAGGCGAGAAGCUCGAAUUUUACUAAUUUGCUAGUAAGAAGGAAGCUCGAGAUGUUUGAAAAGGAUGGAUACAGUUUAGUUCAGAGGAAGGUUUGGUGGUAUAGCUCUGGAAGGAUGAUGUUUGAAUACGAUGAAUAUAGUUUAGUUCAGUUGUUUCGCGUUAGUUUAGUGUCGCAUUAUUGUUUAGAGGUUGCGGAUAAUUUACUUCAUGAUUCUUCCAGCAAUUUGGAAACUUUGAUUUUUUGUUCUCAGACCCUUAGAAGCAAGGUUCAAAGAGAUUUUGAGGAACUACCACCUGGUGCUUUUCAGAAGCUAAGGGAAUCAUUAACGGCAAUGCAGACAUUGUUAAAAAAGUUUCACAAAGGACCCCCUAAAGUUAGGACCCAGAUUAGUAUUGCUGUUGCUGCCUUGGCGGUGCACGUUCCUGCGGCAGAUUGGGGAGAUAGUGGUAUAGUAAGCUGGCUCAGGGAUGAGAUGAAUAUGCACCCUGAAUAUGUGCCUGGUUUCUUGGAACUCUUGACAGUUUUACCCGAGGAAACGUUUAACUACAAAAUAGCUGCUCGUCCGGAUCGACGGCGUCAGUUUGAGAAUGAGCUUACUUCUCAAAUGGAAGCUGCACUUAGUAUAUUAACAGCAUGCUUGAAUAUAACCGAACUUAAAGAACAGGUUCUUGAGGCAUUUGCUUCUUGGCUCCGUCUUAGGCAUGGGAUUCCUGGAGCAGUGCUUGCCUGUCAUCCUUUGGUGCAUGCAGCUCUCUCAAGUUUGAACUGCGAUCCGCUCUCAGAGGCAUCUGUAAAUGUUAUAUCUGAACUGAUACAUUACACGGCAUCACCAAGCUCUGGUGGUAUUUCUGCGCAAACACCCUUGAUUCAAGUUAUUGUGCCUCAGAUUUUAAGUCUUCAAGCCCAUCUAAGAGACUCUUUAAAGGACGAAGAAGAUGUCAAAGCUAUUGGUCGAUUAUUCGCUGACGUAGGCGAUUCAUAUGUUGAAUUGAUCGCUACAGGUUCAGAUGAAUCAAUGGUUAUUGUGCUUGCUCUGCUGGAAGUUACUUCACAUCCAGAAUUUGAUAUAGCCUCUAUGACCUUCAACUUUUGGCACAGUCUUCAACUUACGUUGACAAAGAGGGAUUCUUAUAGUUCCUUGGGUAGUGAAGCAUCUAUUGAAGCUGAGAGAAACCGAAGACAGCAUAUCUUUCGGUCAGCCUAUGAGAGGCUUGUAUCUUUGGUUGGCUUCAGAGUUCAGUAUCCUGAAGAUUAUCAAGGCCUCUCGUAUGAGGACCUUAAGGAGUUCAAGCAGACUAGAUAUGCUGUUGCAGAUGUACUAAUUGACGCUGCAUUAAUCUUGGGAGGUGAUACAACUCUUAAGAUUCUCUAUAUGAAGCUUCUUGAGGCCAAUGCUCAGACAGGAAAUAAUUUUCAAGAAUGGCGUCCAGCAGAAGCCAUCUUGUUCUGUAUUUGGGCAAUAUCAAACUAUGUUUCAGUUGUUGAAGCUGAAGUGAUGCCCCAGGUGAUGGCCUUGCUUCAAAAUCUUCCCCAGCAAGCGCAACUGCUUCAGACAGCAUGCUUACUUGUUGGGGCGUAUUCAAAAUGGCUUAAUGCUGCGCCAGCUAGUGUUUCAAUAUUGCCGUCGAUCAUUAGAAUUCUUAUGAGUGGAAUGGGAACAUCUGAAGAUUGUGCAGCGGCUGCAGCUUUGGCUUUUAGACAUAUUUGUGACGAUUGCCGAAAAAAUCUUUGUGGGUAUUUUGAAGAUUUACUUACAAUCUACUGUAUGGCAAUUAAUGGCGGAGGUGGUUAUAAAGUAUCUGCUGAGGAUUCGCUAAAUCUCGUUGAAGCAUUAGGAAUGGUUGUUACAGAACUUCCUUUAGAUCAGGCCAGGACUGCACUUGAGAAAUUAUGCUUCUCAGUCGCUUCUCCUCUAGAGGAAGCGGCAAAAGAAGAUUUGGACAAGAAGCAUGCCCGGGAAUUAACUAUUCAUAUUGACCGGUUUGCCUACCUGUUCAGGUAUGUGAACCACCCUGAAGCUGUUGCUGCUGAGAUAAAUAAGCAUUGGGCUAUCUUCAGAGUAAUUUUUGAUGCUCGUCCUUGGGACAUGAGGACAAUGGAAUCUCUAUGCAGAGCAUGCAAAUAUGCUGUACGAACUUCUGGAAGAUACAUCAUUAACACAAUUGGAGAAAUGCUAGCAAAGAUUCAAUUCCACUAUCAGCAGCAUCACCAGCCAUGCUUUCUUUAUCUUUCCAGUGAAGUUAUAAAGAUUUUUGGUUCAGACCCAUCUUGUGCUGACUACUUGAAGAAUCUGAUUGAAACACUCUUUGCACAUACCACAUGUCUUAUGACAAGUAUCAAGGAAGUCACUGCUAGACCAGACAUAGCUGAUGAUUGCUUUUUGUUGGCGUCAAGAUGUCUGCGUUACUGUCCACAUUUGUUUAUUCCCUCUCCUAUAUUUUCACCUAUUGUAGAUUGCGCAAUAGUUGGAAUGACAGUGCAGCACAGAGAGGCCUGCCACUCAAUAUUGACCUUUUUAUCCGACAUUUUUGACCUCGAGAAGUCUGUUAAUGAAGAACAGUUUGUACGAAUCAGAGACAGUGUCAUUAUCCCCAGGGGAGCUACAAUCACCAGGAUCUUGAUCUCAUCAUUAGCAGGAGCACUUCCCAGUUCUCGGCUAGACACGGUAACAUACACGCUGCUAGCUUUGACCAGAACAUACGGUUUACAAGCAGUGGGUUGGGCUAAGGAAAGUGUUAGCCUGAUACCUAGAACAGCUGUGACAGAGACCGAGGCCACCAAGUUCUUGCAAGCUUUAUCCGAUGUUACUUAUGGCGCUGAUGUGAAUUCUCUGAUAGGACAUGCAGAGGAACUUUCAGAUGUUUGUCGCCGUAACCGUACUGUUCAAGAACUUGUUCAGGCUGCUUUGAAGCCUCUUGAGUUGAAUAUGGUUGCUCCUGUAUCAUAG